AAGAUAGAACCUCUACUCUUGUCAACGCUGUCUCUAUGGGAUAUACACAUGAUGCUCACGUGACGGCAUAUUCCUUUGAAUUCGAGUCAUGCAAGAAGCAAAUCUCAUGCAAGAUUAGAAUCCAAUUACAUUCACACUCGACUCCAAAUCGAGCUGAUUGGCAAUAAUAAACCUUGUGGCUCUGUCUAUCAGCACCACUUGGUCAGCUUAUUUUCCAGCUGCCUUCAUUAUUCCUACCCCGCGUCCGCGUUCGCGUCUACAUCCGCGUUGAGGUGUUUCACACCUCAAAUAUUUACAUUGAUAAUACAUACAAUUUACUCACACACACACACACACACACACACGUUUCCAACCUCAACUCUACAGAAGGAAUGAACUAAGAAGCAAACAGUCGAAAAAUGGCGCUCUUACGAUUACCCAUCGAACUCCUCACUCUCGUUGCGGAACACUUGGACACCAAGGAUAUUUCCAUGUCCUGUCGUUGUUGUCGUGCUCUCCACCAAGCUUUAGAUCCUGUCCUUUAUCGUCGGGUUGGUAAGAAUAUAAGCGUCCUUUUCUGGGCUGUUGAGUUGGGAAGAACCCAAGUAGUUAUGAAAUUGCUAGCAGCAGGCAUCAACCCGGACCAGGCCAUGUUCCUCUAUCCUUGGGGUGACCCUGCUGGAGGGCAAUCGUGCCUACAAGACUAUGAGUACCAGCUAGCUCUUCUAAACCGGCAGAAUCUACAGCGGCGGGCUAUCAUAAAUGAUGAUAUUAACGGGAGGCCGUUCACGAAUAGUAGGAUUCUUACGACUCCACAAAAACGGUCAGAUGAACUACCUUCACAGCUAUGGACACCUCUCCAUCUUGCUGCUCGUCUAGGUUAUGACGAUAUAAUCAACUUGCUGUUGGAUCAUGGCGCAAACGUCAACGCCCUCUCUCGUGGAUUAUGCUCGUGCGGAGGCCCGUGUGAAUCUGGUUUUAGGUCAAGUCUAAAGGAAGAAACCAUUCCGUGGUGGAUGCCUCUUCAUACAGCUAUAUGUUAUAUGAAUUAUUCCGCAGCCCAGAUCCUAGUAGCCCGAGGCGCCUCUUUCCAGGUAGCGUCAAGAGAAUUGGGAUCUUCGAGUAAUUACAUAACCGCUCUACAUGUAUCAAGCUCUAUGAAUGCUCUCGACCUUUCCCAAUUCCUCUUAGACUACUACCAGCCACCAAUCGACAUCGAAGAUCAUCAUGGCAUGAGCCCGCUUCACUGGGCCUACAAGGCAGGUCGUUGGAAUAUGAUCAACUGGCUGGUGCAAAAUGGCGCAAACAUCAAUGCUCAAAAUAGCAAUGGCUGCACACUGCUCUUGGAUGCAUGCGCGAGAGGGUGUUUCCUAGAUGCGCUCAACCUCAUCAAGCUAGGUGCUAACCCUAAUUGUGGCUCUGGAGCUACAUACUUACAUUGUUGCUGCGUGCCUACCGGUGUGUCUAUAAAUACUUCAAGUUUAGGAGCCGAGCGAGGGUAUGCGUCGACGAAUGAUCGAUUAACGCUCGUAAAGCGGCUUGUCGAGACCGGAGUGGACGUUAAUGCGAGGGACCUCAGUGGCACUACCCCUCUGGCAGUCGCUGCCAAGGAGGGCUUAUAUCUCGUCGUAGAGUGCCUACUCGACGCCGGAGCUGUGGUUGAUGCCCGGGAUUCCCGUGGAAUGACUCCGCUCAUGAGAGCAUGUACGCUUGUAGGUGACCUGAACCACCUACUCCCAACUAUUAGGUUGCUUCUUCAGAGGGGUGCUUCGACAACCGACGUGGAAUACUCUGGGCAGACCGCUUUGGAGAUAUUAUGCCGUUCAGGGCAAAAACAUACUGACAAAUUUACCAUGGUUAAAUUAUUAUUGGAGUAUGGUUCACCUCCAAACGCGACUAGCGGUUCUACUGAAUCCCUAAUUGAUCCGCUGUUUGCGGGUGGUCAUAUAGAAACCUGCGAACUCCUGCAAAAGUAUAACACGAGACUUCCAUCGAAGAUGGAGUUGGCCUCGAUGAUAAUCAAGGCUAUCGACAAGAACCAGGUUGCUUCUCUCCAAUAUGCUUUACAGUUCGAAGACGCUGCUGGGAUGCUGGCUACAAAGACACGGUUGUUCAAAGCUUUGGAGUCUCGAAAUUAUGAUGUUGCAAGUAUUAUCCUUGAUGCCGGUGCGCCUUGGGAUUAUGUAUCGAAAUCGGGAUGGACUUGUCUACUUUAUGCAUGCAGGGGUAAAGACAUAACGGUUGCACGAAUGCUACUGGAAAGGGGUGCGGACCCAACCCAGUCUAAUCAGAAAGGAGACACUCCGCUUGAUCUGGCCCUCGACCAAGGAAACGUGGCCAUGUGCGAGCUCCUACUUGACCAUGGCGCAAUCCCUUUCCCCGAACUCAUCAACAGAUCGACCGGCAAACCUCAUACCGGAGCCCUCCUACGAGCUGUCCUGUGUGGAAACCCGGAGGUCGUACGAGCCAUGGUCCAACGGGAUUUAUUUCGCUCAGCACCGGCGGUCGAACAGAUUCGGUCUAUGUAUCAUGUGUGCGAUCAAAAAACGAGCAAAUACUCGAAUGCAUGCCUCGACGCUCUCCUCUGCGGAGGAGCCAAUCCGAAUAUGCCCCUCAUGCGACCCCUUACAUUUGAGUAUUGCCUCCCCCUACAGAUUGCCAUGGCGAAGCAAAACCAAGGAGCAGUGGACUUGCUACUUAAGUACGGUGCGACUCCCCUCUAGUGAGUGAGACGAGCGAUAGGAGUCCUCUAAAGGAUGGAACUUUGUAGGUGCUGAGAAUGUAUGAAACAAUUACAUGAUGUAAAUGGAAAACCAAGUUUGGUUUGUCGGAUAUUAAGGCUAUAUGGAUGCUUGAAUGUAUCUCGAGUCAGAGAUGCCCGGAGCAACCUAUAUUCUAUAAACACUCUCAUUUAUUGGCUAGAAGGAAAGGAAAAGGUGGUGGGACACACGGUUGAUCUUCGUAGCGAACGUAGUGUCUUGAUGGUUCUAAACUAUAAGACGCUUCCAAUUAAAACCAAUAUGAUUCCUUUUGGUAUACAUUUGGAUGCCGACGUAGCUCUCGGAACCAAUCAUUCUGGUCUAUCAAUAUCAAUAGAAGCUCGGUGGUAGCCCCUCUAGGUUCCCAAC